AUGGAUCCUCAUCGUAGGCCCGGCUCAAGGGCCUCUGUACCGCCAAGCAGCUCGAGCCCUUUCCCAAGGCCGUCGUCCAGCGCGUCCACUCGGCCGCCAUCCAGUGCAUCCUGGUCGGCCGUACGACCUUCGUCCAGUGCUGGUCCAUCUCGCGUAUCCGUGCGGUCGAACACGAGGCAAUCAUCUCGACUGAACCCUCUAUACCAGGCUUUGGUUACUAAACUUACCGGGUUAACCGCAGAGGGCGACGAGGACGCCUUCCGGGCGGCUCUGAACUAUGUUACCAAGAGCCUUGAUCAGACAGUCAGGCCCACAGGCAGCAUGGAUGCUGCCGUUGUAGACAAACACGUACAAGGAUAUAUCCAGAAAGCACGGAUUAAAUCUGACGAUGGUUACGCAGAUGCCCUUCAGAACGCGUACAAGCGAUUCAAGACCCUUGCCUCUCGCGAGUCAGACCUUGACGCGGACAUUCUUGCAUCCCGUCUUCCCAUCCAUCUACAUUUCCUGCUGACUCUGUCCCGGCCACCAGACUCCAGUACCUUGCGGUAUGCAGAGUACUACAUGGAUCUCGUCCAGAACCCCGAGAAGACAAAGUCUGGCUUGACCUGGGCAGAUAUCCUGGCCGAAGAACCGUUUGAGGGCCAGCAUUGGGAAGGGGCAUAUGGCCUACCACCGGGAGCUGUCUACACGGAACGCGAGUCCACACAUACCGACAGCGACACUUCUCCGUCGUUGUCCUCAUUAGAGGACGAAGACGAACUAGAAGACUCGGGAGACAUGUCAUCGCGAUGGGACACUGGCUCAGACUCAGAGCUCCACCUAUCAACGCCUCCACCACAAGACACGACGCUGGAAAACGCCACAGAACAGUUUUCAAGAAGUAUCGCUCUGUAUAGCCAUAGAGACGAAGUUGAGAGCCUUCAUUCAUUGCAGUAUUGGCGGUCGGAUUGGAGAGAUGGCACUCGCGACGACAGGCCGUUUGACAUCGGCGACCCAUCUACACUCAACUCUGCUUUUAACCGGGCAAUUAGCGACGGCGUUCCUGUGCCGAAGCGUAGAUACAUCAACGAACACGACGCCGUUCGUGAGGUCCUCAUGGGGCUUCAAGGAAGACAAAAUCUUCUGAUAACAUGGUCUAACAGUGAAGAACACCCGUGGCAGUUCGUGUCAGCCCCCAGCUCUCCUAGUUUGCGACAUUUAACACCUGCUGCUCAAGACUCCAUCCUGUCGUCAUUUUCAAGGACGGCUACGACUGUAGAACAUCUCCGAUCUUUUGUUGCUGCCAUGUUCAAACAAGCGUCGAAAAUUGAUUUAGUGGCACCUUCAAGAUAUUCAUUCACACAUGGUCAGCGAAGCACACGGUGCUUCGAGGCAUUUUCCGAGGCUGUGGAUAAGCUCGUUCGCUCCUUUGAUAUCUGGUGCGCGACAAAGGAGGAAGAGAUCUGCGUAGCACACGCAGGCUUCGGCCUGCCGCGGAUCAUCAGCCUGCUCGACGUUGAGAAAUCUCUCACCGCCGCAUUCUCGGAGAGGUUCGAGGUCCUGCUGCAGCUGCUUCGUGACAUCAUCCAGCGUGCAACACAAUCCCCCGAGCCCGUGCUUGCAAUAUGGACAUUCACAGACCUGCCAAAGCGCAUGCCGCCCGCUGCACUGAGCACCCUGUUACUCGACUCUCUGCUACAGCACGUGCAGGAUCACGCAUCGAUGGGAGACAUCGUCACUGUGGACGCGCUCCUUGCUGUCUUCGCUGACACUGCCGAACCCCUGUGGGGCAUGGUGCACCGCUGGCUCCGUGACGGCAUACCUGUGCGCGAUACCCCCACCUCUGCGCCCGGGCAACAAGACUUUGAUCGACUCAAUGAGGAGUUCUUCGUGGAGGACAACGAGUUGGCGCUGCUCGACCCCGAUUUCUGGUCGGACGGGUUCAUGCUGAGGGACGCCGACGAGGACGUAGGGCGCGCGUCCGCGGUACCGCUCUUCCUGCAGCAGGCCGCGCUGCACGUCCUCGCUGCGGGCAAGGCAGUCGGUCUGCUGCACUGUCUCGGGACGCCGAUGGGCGAGCAGCCCGGGGAGCAGAAGUGGCUCGGUGGGUGGCGAAGCCUCGGGGCGCUUCUCGAGUCCGCGCGACAAGAGCGAGCGGUGGACGGUCGUGCUACGACAAGGAUGUCGGCGGACGACUUUGCGAGGCUUGUGUACGAGGAGCUGACCGGCCGGUGUGCGCUCGCGAAGCAGGCGCUAACACAGGUGCUCGUGGAGGAGUGCGACUUGUGGGCCCAUCUGAAAGCGAUCGAAGAGUUGUACUUGAUGAGAAGGGGUGACGUUUUGUCGGGUUUCCUCGACGUCCUAUUCACUCGAAUGGAUUCCCCUAAACAGUGGAAUGAUUUCCACUUUUUGAACACUGCUUUUAGCGACGUCGUCUCCUCAAGCAGCUGGCUCGAUCCCUCUCUCGUGCGCAUCUCGCAUCGAGGAAACCGCGAGCAUACUACUACUCGUAGCGUGCGCGCCGUGGAGGGUCUUUUCGUCGAGUACGCCGUUCCCUUCCCUCUGACGUAUCUCUGGAGCCCUCGUGUCCUGCAGGCAUAUUCCUCCGUGUUUGUCUUUGUGCUUCAGAUUAGAAGAGCAAAGCAUGCGCUAGAGAGGAUUCUCGUGAGGCAUAAGGGAGGCAACCGAGGAGAUGGGGAAAUGAAGAUGUUCUACGCCAUGAGAGGAAAGCUGUCGUGGUUUGUGAACGUACUUCUCAACUUUAUUUGCACGAAUGUGCUGCACAUGCAAGUGCUGGCCCUGCAUGACGCAUUACGCAAGGCUGUCUCUCUCGACAAAAUGAUUGACCUGCAUAAUGAGCAUCUGGCUAAGAUCGAAGCACGGUGCUUCCUGCGAACCAAGACUGCGUCCCUUCACCGUGCGAUCCUCUCUAUCCUCGACAUGGCUCUCCACUUCAGCGACUGCUUCCUCGCCUAUGCGGGCUCGAGCAACACUCACGACGUCUCGCGCCCGUCCAUCGCGCCCAUGAAGGCGCACCGCUCGCGCCGGCUCAGACGGCAACGCAGAGACGUCAUCGGCUUUUCGCUGCCCGUCGCAGACUCAGACUCAGACUCGUCCGAUGAGGAUAGAGACGACGAACCCGAGUUCUCUUACGCGUCGAACAUCUCAUUCGAGGAGGAAACGUUUGUCGUGCGGCUGGAUAAGAUGGCGUCGGAGCUUGAUGCUUUGGUCAGAUUUGUUAGAAGGGGUGUCGAAGGCCUUGCUGGCGGGGCAAACGAGGCUGCGGCGGUGUUCGAUGUGUUCGCGUUCGCACUGGAAGAUUGGGAUCUUUGA